AAUGACAUGUGGACCCCGUCAUGCGCCAUAAAUGAAAGCCGCUUCCGGUAAACAUCCCUCUAUAAGCUGUGCUUUUAUGAUCGUUUUUUUUACUAAUUUAUCGCAUUUUUUUCCCUAUUUACGUUUCGAGAGACUUCCGGCUGAUCCAGACUUGGUUCCCAGUGAGUUUGGCGCAUUCGUUUGAUGAUUGUCACGCGUCGUAUCCAAAGAAUCGGCGAUUAUCUUCACCGGCAGGCGUCCAAACAUGGAGCCUUCUAGGCGUCUAGCUGGCAGCAGUUUUGCGUAAAGCACACCCUUACUACAGCUUAUAUACAAUUGACUACAUCCGAGAUUGAUUGCCAUCUAUUUUGCACCCUCAUUAAAGACUGAGCAUUGGAAAAUUGAUAUGAACUCUUCUAAUUGAGCCUCUGGAGUCGCCAACUGAAUCAUGGGAGUGCAGGACUUGCAGACUUUUUUGGAGAGUGUCGCUUUAGAAGGGGGCUCAGUAUCGGUGGACCUGUUGAAAAUUGCCAGAAAUGUGUGCCAGCGACAGCAACCCCACAAUACAAACCGCAAAAUUAGGCCUCCCGGCGGCAACAAACUACGUUUAAUUGUGGACGCUGAAAAUUGCCUUGACAGGUUAUAUGGGGGCUAUUAUUCAGAUUGGGCCUGUGGAGGACAAUGGAACCGAAUGAUUCAAUAUUUAUCGUUACUGUGCAGUGCUUUGGAGAAUGGUAACAUUGAAGUAGCCGUCGUGUUUAAUGGAACAAUUGAGCAAUGCCGCAUGGAUGAGUGGAAAGCCGAGCAGGCAAAUGCGCGACAGAAAGUCGGCAUGGUGUUAAAGCACAUCAACACCAAAGGCACGCCGCCUCCCAAGGUAUGGUGGACGCCCCCUAUUACUUUGAGAGCAGGCCUGAGAAUGGCGUUGCGACAUUUAGGAGUUCAUGUGAUGUGCACCAUGGACGAUCAUCAUCAGGAAGUCAUAGCAUAUUGUCGCGAAUAUGGAUUUCAUGGCCUUUUGGCUGACGAUGCUGAGUAUGCUGCCUUUGACCCUCCUCGCUAUUUUUCCUCCGAGAAUUUGAAACUUACUUAUAAGAGCUCUAUUGAGACAAAGGAAUACAUGCUGAGUGUAUUGACAAAGUCGCUUAAUGUGACCCAGGAGCAGAUUUGUAUCAUGGCAGCUUUGCUUGGCAACUUUUUGUUGCCUGAAAGCGAACUGCAAGACUUGUACAGGAAAAUCAAUUUCGUCAAAAAAGAAGAAGACUUUGCUGAAAGUUCAGUGAGAUCUCUGGCCGAAUUUGUUAGAACCCUGCCACCGUCUUCAAAUAUGGAAGGUCUAGUAAUCGCAGUUUUUGGAUCAUUGGAAGACAAACGAGCUGCUCGAUUCAGGCAGUCGGUUCAGUAUUAUCUAAAUGGCACAGCCAGUGGCUUUCUAAAGUAUGGAGCGCCAGCAAAGCCCAGGCAGAAAAAUAUUGAAAAGAAAAACAUUCCGGUACCUAAAGACGAGGCGGUCGUAGACCAGCUGGUGUUUGCUUCAGAGACUUCGGAGCAACAAAGAGAAACGCUGCAAAACUACAACUUGUUGACUGCUAAUAGUGUCUUGUCGUCUGAUUUUGCUGAAAUGGACAUUCUCAUUAAGUCAGCAGAAGGAACCUUGGUGGACUCUCUUUUAGAUGAUUCUCCAACCUCGUCUACUGAUCCUUUACAACGCGAAAACGGAGUGGCUAACGGCGGCGUUCAUACGGGUGUCAAAGAAGCCCAAGAUGCUAUCAAGUUUUCCAGUGGAAAAUCCAACAGUAACUCAAGCAAGCAAUCGGGCUCCAAGCAUGAAAACAUUGUGGUCCCUUCAGUUUCCCCGGACGUUUUGCGUACAGCAUCGCUCCGUCAUCAAAAGGGACUGAUGGCCCCCACCAUUCUUCAUGUGCUGAGUACUCAAGAAGUGCGGCUUCCUUGUCUGAUGGAAGACGAAGGCAACAGAGAGUUUCCUCCGAUUCAUGAGAUUUACCUGCCGCUCAGACGGCGAAUUUAUGCAGUUUUAUUUAACUUGCAUCAUUUACGUUAUGUUUACACAAAAAAGAAAGAGAGCGGAGAAUUAGCAGAGAAUGCUCCGCCACCAGACGUGGUGGUGAAGGAAUGGGUAUACAGCAGAUCUAACCCCUAUCAGACUCCCGAACAAGUAAAGGCUGAACUUUUACCAUGGGCUGUGCCCACAUUGCAACGCCUAUGGUUUGGGCCGGCUGUGGACGAUAAACGGCGCCGAAUGCGAGCCUUUUUAUCCUGCCUCAACUCCGACACCCCCCUGAUCCUGAACACAGCCUAUGUACCCCAACAUAUGUUGAUUAUGGCAUGCGUUUUAAGGUACAUAAUGUCCCAAGAUCGCCCGAUUCUUCGCAGAAAUGAGCUCGAUUCUUUCUUGUGUCAAGCAUUCAAUCCGAAUUUGAUGAACGUUCAACAUCUGCAAGAACUUACUUUGAACUUUGUAUUAAGUCGCGGUGUUCAGCUAGCUGCGCUCUUUAUGAAAGGAGUAGAUAUGGCCAUAUUGGCUAACGACGCCUGCGGCGCCCCCUUGCCUUGGCUCAUGUGCUGUCCCUGGCUGUAUUUCGACGGCAAACUGUUCCACUACACCCUAUCCAGAUCAUCGCAUGCCAAAAACAUUCUGGAAGUAUGCGACAACUAUAUCGAACGUGUGGUCAAGGUAGAGCGGAUGAGGAAGGCCAUUCUAGAGGGGCUUGACUUCAAGUUUGUCAAGGUGCCUCCACCGCAAUUCCAAACAGGUAUACCGGCAAAUUAUUUGCCUGCAUUGCCUUUGCCUUCGGCCCGAGUUGGCCCGGGAGCUAGAGGGCGGCCAAUUCCGUCCCGGGGCGGUCAGUUGCAAGUGGCCGGAGUUGUUGUAGGCUCUUGGGGCGCCAACUACGGCUAUCAGAACAACUUGAGACAGGGACAACAAAUAAUGCCGGCCGGAAUGACCCCAUACAGAGCCCGCGGCCGAGGCUAUGCUGGAGCUGCGUUUGGACGCGGCAGGACUCCAAAGCCAAUCACGUAUCCAGUGGUUAACAGGAAAAGUCAGGGAAACAAAAAGCGCAACACUAACAAAUCUAACAAGGAAAAGCAAUUGAAGGGGCUGCCUUUAACUGUUAAAACCGAUAACGGAGACGUGCAAGUGAAUGAAAUAAUCGCAAAUUCAAACGGCGAAUCUGUCGGCUCAAGGGAGAAAUCAGAAGACUGCGCCAAGACAGCGGACCAUAAAGGACAGGGCGAUGCUCCUAGUCUUGUGUCAGUCUAAACUUCCAGCCUAUACUUAUAGUUUUCCCUAAAUUGACUAGAUGAUGAAUUCUCAAGAAUUUUCAUUAAUUUGGAAAAUCUUUGGAAUCCACUACUAGCAAAACGGGAAAAAAUCCUUCGAGGAAUAAACUUGUGUUGCAGUGAAAGUGAAGUUGUCGGGGAUUGUGUUGUCUGUAAGCUUCCUUAGAUGAAGACUGAAACACCCGUGAACAAUUUGCUAUUAAGAUAUAUACAGGGUCGGAUUUUUGCAUGUUGCGGCACUGAUAAAAUGCUGUGUUCAGAUUAGUCAAAGCGACUGAUUGUUUUGAGAGCAUAUUGUAUAUUUUUAUAUGUUUGUUACAACUGUUAUAAUUAUAUUGACUGAGACGUCGCUACAAUGUAUGCGCGCAACUGUGAUCAUAUUUAUGGUAUUUAUAUAUUAGAUCUGUUGAUUUGGCCACUUUGAUCGCUCUGCACUGCAGAUCCAAAGUUGGGUUUGACUGGAAUAAGGAUAUGGUUCACGAAAAUCGUCAUAAAUAUAUAUAUAUAACCCUGAAGAUUGCAAAACCCUGAUUUAUCCGCCUAUGUAGGCUUAAAGAAAUUCAAGUUUUUACAUGUUUGAACGUAGGCGAAGUUUACUCCCAACACUCAAGUACGUUGCAUCCGAACGUGUACAAAACAUUCUUCAUUGUUCUAAUAAGUAAUGUCCAACAUGUAUUACAAAAUCACUUUUGAGUGCAUUUGCUUGUGACUAAAUGUUACUUUCAACCGAAACACCCACUAAGAUUUGAAAACCAAAAAUCAUAUUUGAUCAUACAAUCUUGCGCAUUAUUGCUCAUACGAGACAAUAAAGCGUGUAUGUAAAACUACAAUGGCAAAAAAUGUCUAAAUGAUAAAAGAAAUAUUAUUGAUGAAUCGACCGCGAUUCUUUACCCGAAAAAAAUAAUUAUUGUAAUGAUAUAUUACUUAUCAAAAACGGUAUAACCACUUUAAAUAUUUUACGUAGCUGUUCAGUAACAGAUCAUACACAGCGACUCUAUGAAGGGUCGCCUCAGAUUAGCUCACCAUUUACGUAGUUUUAGCCAAGUCUUUGAAUAGACCAUGAACUAGUAAUUGUUCGUAAAAAGCUUCUAAUGGUAAUUUAUAUAACCUUUUUGCUUAAUAUAAUUAUCUCUUUAAUAUUGAACUGUGCGUCAAUGAAUAUGCAUAAAUGCCCAAAAAGUUUUGUAUUUUUUCGGAUACUUUUUUAAACUUUAUUACAAAAUGUCAUUGGGCAAUGCCUGCAUAUAUGUUAAUUUUUGUUUAAUGAUAUUUCAAAAGUUACUGUUCAGCAUUGUUUUCUAACCGUUUACACUCGACUUAUUGUUGAAAUAUUUAAAGGCUUCCUCAUUUCCUUACCAUAUAACAACGUUAAACACAUGCAGAGAUUUUUUAUUAUAUCAGCCUGAAAAACUAGCCCACAGUAAUUUAAGCGAGAUACUUCAUAUAAAUUUUGGUUUUAUUAGGCUUCCAAUAGUAUUUGAAUGUAAUUGACGUGCGGUUUACUUGAUUUGAAAAAAUGUUUAAACCUUUAGUCAUUAUGAAAUUUUCAUACAGAUCUUGCUGGCGCACAACGGAUUAAUGUAUGUUUUCCUGAAGCAAAUGACUAAAGGACUCUAUAUUAUGAGAAAAUCCGAAUGUUUGCUUUGUUUCUUAUGUAAGAAUGCUUUCUAAUUUUUAGUUUUAAGGGAUGGUAAUUUUCCCCAGAGUGCAUUUAUCAAAUUUCCAAUAAACUUGUAUAAGUCAUUCUCGGUCGCACGAUAAUAAAUAGUAAUCAUAUUUAAUGCUUGAACUAUUUAGAUUUUUCGAAAACAUGUAGUAGAGUAACUUUAUUGUUUUCAAUUUCCGCUGUUGAGAAAAACCUAUUGUAACUAUGUAAUUGCUGAUUAUGGUAUAUUGUAUUGGCUCUGUGGGUGAAAAGGGCAUCCAUGUAAUUGUUAGACAUAGUAAUUGGGGCAGGCCUUUAGUGCUCAGCCACCGUUAAAUUCACACACACACUUUUUUCUUGUAAUCAUUUUUCUUAGUAAAAACAUAACCAUUCAACUGUUCAACGAUGAUUUUUUUCGAGACAAACGGCCUCUGAUCUGAACAAUGUUCUUAACUGAAUGAACUUAGUGGUGCAGUUGAAGGCGUUUGUUUGAUGUCUAAUAUACUAUUGAACCAU